UCAACUCAUACGACGCCGUUGAAGGCACAGAAGUCAGAUCUGAGAGUUGAAAUUCGGGAACUGCGGUGAAAGGUAAGUGAACGCCGAUCAGUGAGCAACAAUGGCAGAAAACGAAACCGUCAUCAAGCCAAAGCCUCGGCCAAUCAUACGCAUCGGCCUGUUUCUCAUUGCCCACAGUCUCUUAGUAAGUGUGGUAUGCUGCAUAGCAGGGAUUGUAACUCUUCUCCUUUUGCCUCUUCUCGCGAAGAACACUUAUAUCUCUGAGAAUGCUCUAAUGCCUGGUUCUGCUACUCCUAUGCUCUCUCACAAUGAUGCUUCGGAUGGGCACAGUUUUUUGAACCGAAUACUGAAUCUGAAUUCACAGACUGGCAUUGAAAUUUCUGAAUUGAUAGCAGAACACAUGAUGGAGUUGGGUGGCGAAACUAGCUAUCACAAGUUCCAACCAAUACCUAACAAGUUUCAUCCCCUACACUUUUUCUUGGGUCCUGAUGCUGGAAUAAUAAAAGCAAACCACAGCUGUUCCUCUUAUGGGAUCAACACGGUUGGAAUUAUAAGGGCCCCACGUGGUGAUGGGAAGGAAGCCAUAGUAAUUGUAACACCUUAUAAUUCCACGGAUAUAACAUUUGGUGAGGCUUUAUCUCUAGGGGUUUCUUACUCAGUCUUCUCUCUCCUAGCUCGAGUUACUUGGCUCGCAAAGGAUAUAAUAUGGCUUGCUGCCGACUCGAAACAUGGAGAAUUUGCUGCGGUUGGUUCAUGGUUGAGAGAUUAUAACACACUUUCUUUUGGUGAUUUAAAGUCGCAUCAGGAAAUAUGUUUUGCAGGUACUUUGGGUGAUCGUAAAACGACUCGAGGUCAUGGAGAUGCAAUAUCCAAUGACUUUCGAAGAGCUGGCACAAUGGCAGCUGCCCUUGUCAUUAAGGUUGCUGAUAACAGCAUGGAGUUCGGAAAUGAUGUUCUCAACAUUUAUGCUGAGGCUUCUAAUGGGCAGAUGCCAAAUUUGGACCUCAUUAAUAUUGUUAAUUAUUUGGCAGUACAUGGGCAGGGCUUACAAGUAAGGGUGGACAAGGUUUGGUCGUUGCUUGAUUCUUGGUGGUUAAAAAGUCUUGGAAAAUUAUUCGAGGUGCUUGGGAUAGUGGGUAAAAGCUUAAAUCCACAGUGGAAGUUCGGUAUACCUGCUGCGGAUUAUGUUGACGGCUGUGCCACUCUUGCCAGUUCCUUAUAUAACCAAGCAUUAGGUGUUCCCACCGGCCCACAUGGUGCAUUCCGUGAUUAUCAAGUUGAUGCGAUCACUAUGGAAAUAUCACCAAAGUAUUUAUCUGCAAGUCAGAGGAUUAUGUUCCUACAGCGUGUUGGCAGGUUGGUUGAAGGAGUCAUACGAUCCGUGAAUAAUCUCCUCGAGAAAUUUCAUCAGUCCUUUUUCCUGUAUCUUUUAACAUCUCCAAGUAGGUUUGCUUCAGUUGGAGUCUACAUGAUUGCCUUUGCUUUACUCAUUGCUCCACUUCCACUAGUUUCUGCCUCUCUUUUUUCCAAUGCUAGCAAACUUGGAAAGAGCAAUACCCAAAUUCCAUUCAACCCAUCUUGGAAAUGGCUUAGCGCAGCAAAAACCGUUCUUAUUGUCCACUUAUGGGGCGCAUUCGUAACCUUACUUCCUUAUUUUAUCUCCCUAAACCCUGAUUCCUCGCCUUCAGUCAACUGCACAGCUUGGGCUGUGCUUUCUUUGCUUACCCUCCUAUUUGUGUUUGCAGUAUUUAAUUCUUUUUCCAUUUUAAAUAAAAACCAACCUCAGAUAAACGAAUGGGCUCUCGUUAAAUCGGUGACAGUGGCUGCUGCUUUCAUUGGACUUUGUCUAAUGUCUGUUAUAAAUUUUGCAACGGCUGAAAUUGGUUCAUUAGUGUUGGUGCCGAUGUGUUUGACAGUUGCGCCCUUAAGGCGAAAAGUAAAUUCUGUGAGAACAGUCAUCCUUGGUGUGUGUAAUGUGGCAUUGGUGUUUGUGGGCUUUCCUCCGGUUGCUUUCCUUUUGUUAAAAGGUGGGUUGAAUGGAUUUGACACAGUUGGAUUUGGCGAUUUCUGGGUUUGGGCCGAGUCACUUUGGGCUUGGAAUAGUGCGACUUAUAUUUACUUAUGUAUGGUCCAUCUUCCUUGCUGGGUUUUAUGUAUUCACACUCUGCUACAUCCUUCCUGAAGUGCUCUAGUUUUCAGGCCAGUGUUUGUUAUAAAUUGGUCGGCAAUGGAGCUAUAGACAUUCCCUAUGCUACAGAGUUAUAAUUCGAGCAGUUUAUGGGUUGUGAAACUUUCCACCUUGUUAGUGUUUGUGGUCUCAUGAUUCUCAUUUGUUGUACCUGAGGUUUUUGCAGCCUAAUUAGUCAUCUUUUUAGAUUAUGAAUAUGCUCACGACAUUUGUUAAUGCUUUGCUAGAGGGCAUUCUUAAGGUGAAUAUUUGUGUGGCUGUAUACAACAAAACAUCAGAAGGACACUGGCAAAUCGCAAAUGACAGCUUAAAUGACUCCUAUCUUAUGCCUUUUCUGCAGAAUUCCUUUUAUAUGACAUAUUCCAAUUCUAUCAUAAUCUAAUAUUUUCCAAACUGC